AUGACGGGUGACGUCUGCCCCGAGGAGGGCCUCAGAGUCCUCGUGAUAGGCGCAGGUCUGGCGGGACUAGCCGUGGCCAUAUCGACGAAACUAGCCAAUCCAGCUCACCAAGUGACCAUUCUCGAGGCAGCAAAGGCCCUGCAGGAGAUAGGAGCCGCUCUGCAAAUGACACCCAACGCAACCCGGCUCCUAGAGAAGUGGUCCGUCCUGGACGCGCUGCGCCCAGACGUCAUCGAGCCCCGCUCGCUCACGGUCCGGAGAUAUGACGGCACCGAGGUGCUUGCGCACGAGGGCUGCCUGCGCGAGGUCAUGGAAGAAAACUACUGUGCCCCGUUCUGGAACGUGCACCGCGUGGACCUGCAGCGCGAGCUAGUGCGCCGGUGUCGGGAGCUCGGGGUCCGCAUCGAGCUCGGCCGGCGGGCCGUACGCGUCGACUUUGCCAAGGCAACAGUGGUGCUGGCGGCCAGCGGCCACAUGCCUCAGAAGGGAGGGAGGGAGUCGGAUGAGGUAAUGGCAGCAGAAGUGGGGGCGGAAAGAGAAUCCCUGCGGCAUGGGGACGUCGUCAUCUGCGCCGAGGGCCUCUGGAGCUCCACGCGCGCCCAGUUCCUCGGCGCCGCAAGCCCCAACCCUUCACCCACAGGCGACAUUGCCUACCGCAUCUGCCUGCAUACCAAGGACCUGCGCGGACCCCACCGUGACGAGAUUGCCGCCUUUGCGCGCUCCGAGGCCGCCCUACACGUCGGCCUCCUCAUGCCCGACGACGACGACGACGACUCGUUCCCGCCCGGCACCAUCCGCGCCGACGCCGACCCUGCCGAAAUGCGCGCCCAAUUUGCCGCCUGGGACCCCUUCCUCGCCCGCAUCCUCUCUGAGGUGGACAGCGUCCAGCGCUGGCGCCUCCUGUGGCUCGAGGCCCCCGCGGACUGGACCUCGCCUGACGGCCGCUUCUUCAUGCUCGGCGACGCCUGCCACCCUAUGCUCCCGUACCUCGCCCAGGGCGCCAACUCCGCCCUUGAGGACGGCGCCGUCCUCGGCCACCUCCUCGGUAAGAUUCGCAAUCCCGACGCCGGCAGCUACGCCUCCUGUCAACGCCUCCCUGCCGUGGCCGCCAUGUACCAGGCCCUCCGCUCCGGAAGAGGUGCCGAGAUCCAGCGCGAGGCGUUUGCUCAGCGCCAUGACUUCCACCUGCCCGAUGGCGAGCGCCAGGCCGCGAGGGACGAAAUAUUUCGCACGGCCGCGAGGGGUGACUGGGAGCCCGGAACGGAUGACGCGUUCCCCUCGCGGUGGACUUGUCCGCGGGUCCAAAAGUUCCUGUACGGGUACGAUGCCUACGCCGAGGCCGAGGCGCUCUACCAGAAGAAUCCGUUUUGA